CUGGACAUUCCCGCCUGUCUUCAUCUGGAAAAUUAGGUUGUUGUGAAACGGAAGCAGUGUGAUUUAGUGAUGCUCUGUGUAAGGGUUCCAGACAUUCAAGCAGAUGUAUUCACCAUCACACUGAUGGCUGACUGAGAUCUAGUGGGAACGCAAUAGUGAGAAGUGGAGAAGGUAUUGUUUGGGUGUUGAUCCGCAGCUGUCUUACAUAGUGAUAGGAUGCUGGCAGUUCUACGGUCAGGAAUGGGAGGGAACACCAGGAGUCCUAUUGCACAGAGAAAUGUGUAGUAAGUCAAGCAGUUGUAAUACAUGCAAACUGGAUAAGCACUCCUAAAGUCUUCUCAUUGUAAAUACACCUCUCAUCCCAAGGUUUGGCCAGGUAGUAUGAUGGAAGUGCAGAAUGAUGAUAUAUUAAACACAGAACUGAUGCUGAUCAGCCAAGAUGAAGAUGAUGCCACGUGUUCUCCUGUUGUUGUUUACAUUGUCAGCCAUGACGAUGGUAUUCAUUGCCAAAUGCGGACUUUACAUAGACUCUCAGGUAGACCCACAGGACAAUUCUAAGCAACAGACCAUCAAAACACGCGAACUCUUCAGUGCUGUCAUCGAGGAAAACGAGAAACGCCAUCAGGCCAAAGUUGAAGAACUAGAGGCUAGAAUACAUGCCUUAAAAUCAUCUCUUGUAGAAGAGAGAUGGCAAAAUCAAAAUUUAACAAAACGGUUGCGUGUCCUUGAAGGGGAAAAUGAUACAGUUCGGAAUAUAUCUUUUGCUGCUGCCAAUGGGACAAGUUUUGCCACUUUUAUGAAACAAAAUUUACAAACUGCUGAGAUUUUGCAUGGUGUGGAAAUGAAGUCAGAAUAUGAGGUGUUCUCUUUUAAUAGAUUUACAAUAAACCGCAUAUUUCUGGUGGACCCUGGGUUGGGUAAGCGUGUGGUCGAGAAGCCUAUUGGUUUUAAAAAAAAAGACCUUUUAGAGGUGAUUUCAUUCGGUGUGUCCGCACUAAAUAAGGAAAAGAGUCCAACUGCUCUGAGGAAGUAUACUGCUAGUGAUUUUAUUGAGGGUGUUUUCCGGACAGAACCUACGACUGGAACACAUUAUGAGUUGUUUUAUAGAAACAUUGAUACAUCUGGAAGUGGUCAGUACUCGAAAGUGAUAGUGAUGCGACCUUUUGGACCGUUAAUCCCAGUUAAAUCUGACACCAUCAGCACACGUCAGAGCUGGAUUAACAUGAUUUUGCCUUUAAAGGGUAGGAUCGACUCAUUUGAACUCUUUAUGAGACAUUUCAUAGAGACUUGCAUCAUGAAGGAUGAGAAGGUCUUCCUUACCAUUGUUUACUUUGGUCAGGAAGGCUUACAACAAGUCCAAAAAAUUGUAUCAUCCACUAUGGCACAGUUUGAUUUCAAGAACAUAAAGGUUUUGAGUUUGAACGAGAAAUUUUCCCGUGGGCGUGGACUACAGAUUGGUGCAUUAGAUUGGAAAGGAGGAGAUGUGGUGUUGUUUAUGUGUGAUGUUGAUAUCGUGUUCACAGUCGACUUUCUGGAACGAUGUCGGCUCAACACGGAGCGGAGAAAACGGGUGUAUUACCCUAUUGUGUUCAGUUUAUAUAAUCCACAUGUUGUGUACUCACUUCAUGAUCAGAUUAUUCCCCCUGAAAAGGAACAACUUAUGAUUUCAAAACAAAAUGGAUUCUGGCGAGAUUUUGGUUAUGGAAUGACUUGUCAAUUCCGCUCUGAUUUCAUGAAGAUCAAAGGUUUUGAUGAACAUAUUACAGGGUGGGGCGGGGAGGACGUAGCCUUAUAUAAAAAAUAUGUACGAAGUGAGUAUAUUGUGAUUCGAGCCACAGACCCAGGAAUAUUUCAUCUGUGGCAUGAAAAAGUAUGUGACCCAAAUCUUAGCUCUGACCAGUAUCAGGGAUGCAUCAGGUCUAAAGCCCUUAAUGAAGCAUCACAUGCACAACUUGGACUGUUGGCUUUUAAAGAUGAAGUGGACAUCCAUCGUGGUUAUAAACGAAGAAUGGGUGAACGGGUCUCGUCAUAUUUGUCAAAACAAAGAUGAUUCAAAAUGCUGUAGUGUAAUUUCUCCUGCUCAUCCCAAAGCCAACAUUAUUUUGUUCUGUGAAUAAGUUUGUCUCAAUCAUAGAUUUUGGAAUUAAUUCUGUUUUUUUUCUUUUUAUGUUUGGAAUCCAGCAUAUUGAUAACAUUUCUUCUUUAAGGUAUUUGAUUGCCAAGUGUGAUAUGUCUUGAUUUGAUGUGAUUCUUUCAUGAAAAGUGUAUUAAAGCAUUAAAUAUUAACAUUGCUUAAUGAUGUAUUUUUUGUAUUAACUUUGA